AUGCAAUUAUUACUAAUUUUUACUAUUCUUCUAGCUACUAUAAUGGUAAUCCGUGCACCCUCACCUUAUUACGGGGCUCUUGCGACUGCAUGGCUUGCACUUCUAGCCUCUAUUCUUAUACUUAGUAUAAACGUGAUCUUCCCAGCAAUUAUUUUGAUAUUAAUUUAUUUGGGGGGAAUACUAGUCGUUUUUAUUUAUAGAACAGCCUAUUCAGCAGACCUAAUACCAUUGCCAGUUAGUAUAACUACAACAAUCCUAACCGCUGCACUUGGGACAAUUCUAAUCAUUAUAAUUAUAAUACCCUCUAUUGAGACCUUUUGUGAAACUAAAACCUGAUUAUUAUAUUCAUCAGAACCUAGUUAUUUAUUAUACGAUAUUUAUGAACGCGGGACAGCGACAUUUAUUUUUGCAACAGUAAUUCUCACAGUACUUCUAUUCUCUAUCCUAGAGCUUGUCUCGCACCGGCAAACAGCAACAAAAUGAUUUAUUCAUCCCGCCAAUUAG